AUGACGCGCGUCGCGUUAUCGCUCGCGCUGACGAUAUCCCUGCUCGCGGCCGUCGCGGCGACGUCGACCUACGAUGACGUCGUGGAGGCGUCCCGUUAUCUUCGAACCUACGGCUUUCUGGAGAACGAGGAGAAUCAUCAGCAGUUGUCGCUACUGGACAACGCGACCGCCCUGAGCGAAGCGCUGUCGUUGUUUCAGGAAUACUACGGUCUGCCGGGAAACGGCGUUCUGACCGUGGAAACGAUUCGCGUCAUGCGCAGGCCGCGAUGCGGCGUCGCGGACAUUCGCGCCUACAGCCCGUUGACGAGAAAGUGGCCGAGGACGCAUGUCACGUGGAACUUCAAACUAGCGAACAGAGAUACUCUGCGCACGACUCAGAGCGCGUUCUCUCUGUGCGACAACGGGGGCUCGUGCCCGUCGCCGUUCGCGGGACCGGGAUCGGUCGUCGCUCACGCGUUCUUUCCGACGGGAGAGCCCGAUCAGGUGACCGAGGUGCACGUCGACGAGACGGAGCCGUGGCACAUCACAUUGACCAAGCCCUCGUCGGACAGGCUGUAUCUCCUUCAGACGCUGACGCACGAGAUCGGUCACACUCUGGGUCUGACUCACAGUAUGAGGGAUGACUCGGUCAUGUACGCGUACACGCCGUCGGAGGAAAGGCGAUAUCCGCUCAGGCUGAGCGUAGAGGACGUCGUAAACGUGCGAAAUCUCUACGGAUCGAGAGAGACGACGACUCCUAGGAUCGUCGAGGCUACUCGACCGACGACCGCGGCGACGACCGCGAUGACGACGAGAACGACGACGACGACGACGGCCUCGACGACGACGGCAGCCGCGGCUCAGCCGACGACCGCGAGAACGGUCGAGCCGCCGCUCGCUCCCUCCGAUACCGCAGAUCUAUGCGCCUUGAGGCGCGUAGACGGAGCGCUAAUCAUGAAUCGUCGCCUUUACGUCAUAUACAACGACGAUAAGAUAGCCGAGAUGAACGACUGCGCGAUGACCGUCGCGAGGCACGGCGCUCUGCGGGAUACGUUUUCCGGGAUACCAUCCGCGAUAACGGCCGCCUUCCGUCACGUCGACGGUAAUCUCUAUUUUCUGAAGAAACGCGACUAUUACGCGUACAGCGAGUUCCUCGACGCGAUAAUCUCGGCCGGUCCCUUCGAUCUUAGCAUACUGGGAAUAGAAUGCCCAGCCGAUGGCAUUCUGCAUCGAUUGAGCGAACUCGUCUCCAAGCUGUAUCGUCUGGAAUACGCGUCCUUCGAAAGACCGCGCAACGGCGACGACGACGACGACGUUGACUAA